GUUUCAGAGCACAACAAGAACAUGAGUUGGACUGGAAGACAAGUGAAGCUCGGCUUUUGGCUGUUGGCGCUUCUAAAUGUUGCUAUGGGAUUGGAUCAUGAGACAAUGCUCUGUUCCAAUGAUAAUACGCCCAUGUGUGCGCGCAGUGGAAAGGAGUAUUUGUUAUUUAAAAACGAAUGCGAUUUGAGGAAGGCUCAACGUGAGAAUCUGAUGAAUGGACCGUUGUUCGAUGUAGCCCUGCAAAACUGUGUGCCAAGCUGUGAAUUUGAGUGCAAUGACAGAUUCCAGCCCAUUUGCGGUGUCAGUGUGCUCACUGGCGAGCGAAAGAACUUCAGGAAUCGCUGUGAAAUGGCACGAACCGCGUGCUACUCGAAGUCCGACUGGCUGCUGUACAAAUGGGGCGUGUGUCCGUCUAACAAGGGUCAAGCCAAGCUGCCUGCGCACACUGUGCUCGUGGGUCAGCGCAAGCGAGGUCAACCUGUACCCUGUACGAAAGUGUAUCGUCCUGUUUGUGCCAGCUACGCGGGCGUCAAGUCCACCUUCGCCAACGAGUGUCUGGUCAAUGCCGAGAACAUUAGGACUGGAAGGAACUGGCGUGUCGUCUCCGAGGGUUUGUGUGGCGAGGACAGCAUUAAAAUGAAGCACAGUCGCAAAUACAAGCCAAAGUAUAACAAGCCCAAGGUGGACAUGGAGCGCAGCAAGCGCAGUCAUAAGCAGCUCAAUCAGCUGGACGACUUUGAGCUGUCGGCGGAUGCAGUGGAGAUCUUUGCACCCUCCACAUUUCACACGCAGUUCAUCAGCAAUUCGGGCACCAUGGAGAAGAGCUACUCGCUGCCCGCCCGGCGACCAGACAUGGCCGCGACAUCCAAGCACCGCAAUGAACAGCUGGACAGACUGGUCACACUGGACACACAGGAGACACCGAAGAGUGGAAAAGCCUGCGUGUUCAGUAAUGAACCUGUCUGUGGCAGCUUCAAUGGCGAGAGUCGCACGUUCCCCAAUGUGUGUGCCUUGAUGGAGUACAGUCAGGCUGUGGGCAAUGCCUGGACCAUUUUACACGACGGCACUUGUCGACGCUGCGAUAAGCCCUGUCCCACUGUCUAUAGUCCGAUUUGCGCGAAUCGCAAUGGCAUUAACUAUACCAUCAUCAAUGAUUGCUACCUGGAACGAGUGCGCUGCAAGGAUCCCAACAGCGACUGGAAGAUCGCACACAAAGGCGAGUGCGCACAUCUCAACGAGGAAGUGUCCCAGAGCAUUCUUAAACCCACUCAGAAACCCUUGUCUCGCAUUCCUUCCAUGCUCUAUACAGAUAAGAAGCGAGAGAACACAGAAUCCACCACUCAAAAGUCAAGAGCAAGAACUCCUCUGCCAAGUCCCGUAAAGGCAACUUCAAUUCCACGUCGGCUAAUAAAAAAACUCCGACGUCCCACGCCAACACCAAAGGAUUUGAGUAAUCGCAAGAUACGCAAAAUUGAGUCUGUGGGUUUUGACAGUUACGAUCCAAAUAUGGCAAGCUGGGAUCCACAACCCAAGCAGUGGGCUACAAAAGAUAACUGGCUGAUGCGACAAAAUCUAGACGAUGUCAAAAACAAGUUCAACAAGAAGCCCAACUCGAAGAAGGAAAAGUAUCCACAUUUCAGUUGGCCAAUAACAGCGACUGCAUCCACACAGCUGCACUUUACAACAGCUGCAUCCACAACAACUGCAUCCACAACAACUGCAUCCACAACAACAGCAUCCACAACAACUGCAUCCACAACAGCUGCAUCCACUUCAGCAACCAUAAACACGCUUGAUGGCAUAGACAAAUCAGAGUUAUACAAUAUUAUCUUGAAAUCUGAUGAAAAAACCUUUGACAAAGCUGAGACUGACUCCGAAGCUUUCUUUGAGGUGGAAACAAGAACAAAAGUAGCUGAAACUAACGAGACAGAUUCCACUAUCCGAUCCACAACUUCCUUAGCUACCACAUCAACUGUUCCUGCAGACACCACAACGUCAAUGGCCUUAACAACUACCACUUUAACUACACCCACAACCACAGAUGUGGUAGAAGAAACCACAACAAUGUUAACCACCACAACGCAGCCAGAAGAGUCUACUCUCAGUGUGAGCACUAUAAUUGAUGAAGGAGCAACAAAAGUUGCUGAUCAAAGCACAACACAGGAAACAGUAGAAACAACAACAGCAGAGAGUGCAACCACAACAACAACACCAACAACAACAACAACAAUUGCAAGCGAUAUGUCUACAAUAUCUAACCUGGACUAUAUGGUAGAUGAGAUGAGGAAUCAGGACGAACAAUCCUCAAUUUACGGUCUCGAUAAGAAUUCGUUGAUCAUGCGAUUGCUGCGUGCAAGAAGCAGUAAAAACAUGAUACUUUAAUUUCUCUGUUGAAUAUUAUUUAUUUUUUUAUA